CACAAUCAAAAUAAACAAAUCAUUUCUGCAUAUAAAGCCUGGAAAAAAAGGCAGAGAUACAAAUCAGGAGAACUAUUGAGAAAAGGAUUUAUUAUUGUGCAGAGAAAAUAACAAGGGAAUUAAAGCUUGAACCAUUUGUGAUAAAGACUUCUAGAACAUGGAGAGAAUUCUCCUGGCAAUCACAUUGUUUGCUGGAACUCUUGCACAACAAGAUUUGGGCGGUAAAGUCUUCCUGUUUCCCAAAGCAACUUCCACCGCAUAUGUGACCCUGCACCCAACACUUACUGAACCUUUAACUAAGCUGACGACCUGCCUGCGAUCCUACACUGAGCUCAACCGACACCAUUCUCUACUCUCAUUGGCAGUCCAAGGAGCCGGGAAAGACAACACGUUCCUGAUCUUUCCACAACCCCCAAAUUUCUGCUCUAUUCAUGUUGGUAACGAAGACAAUCGUAUCAAGACAAAUCCAGACACGCUUGACUGGAAGCACACUUGUGUGACGUGGGACUCUGACACAGGAGUGAUCCAGCUGUGGAUUAAUGGGAAGCUGUAUCCAAGAAGAGUUUCUAAAAAAGGAUUUUCUAUUAAUACCCAGACAAGUAUUAUUUUGGGACAGGAACAAGAUUCUUUUGGUGGUGGAUUUGAUAUCAAUCAGUCAUUUGUGGGAGAAAUUACUGAUGUCCAUAUGUGGGAUUAUGUCCUGGAACCAUUAGAUAUACAAAAGUAUUUCUUAAAUGCAAAGGAUACCAAUGGGAAUGUCAUUAGCUGGAAUGCUUUGCAGUAUGAUAUAAAAGGUGACGUCAUUGUCCAGCCCAAAAUUGAGAGUCUGUCAGAGAGGUAUAAAUAGGCUGAUCAUAUUGCUGCUUUAAGAAAAAUACAUAUGUCAGGGUUCUUAUACAAAACAUUUCUUUAAAUAGCCCUAAAAACAGCCCUGACGUAUGUAUUUUUCAUAUGUGUCCCUUUUUAAAGCGGCAAUAUGAUUACCCUAGAUAUAAAUAAAAUUAAUAUUCCCAAAGCUUUGAAUAUAAAUGAAAGUACCAGUAAAGACAGUAGAUUUGCAUAAUAAACACAUGCAGGAUAAAAAGACAAUACAAUAGCACUUAGUCUGAACUCCAAAUAAAUAGUAGAUUUUGUUCUGGCAAAUUUAAAAGUUAUAUUUAUUUUCACUCCCACUGCACCAUGUGAUAACCAUCAGCCAAUCACAAAUGCAUAUAGGUAUAUGCUGUGAAUUCUUGCACAUGCUCAGUAGGAUCUGGUGACUCAAAAAGUGAAAAUAAAAAAACUGUGCACAUUUUGUUAAUGGAAGUAAAUUAGAAAGUUGUUUAAAAUGGCUGCUCAAUCUGAAUCAUGAAAGUUUAAUUUUGAGUUGAAUGUCCCUUUAACUGAUGAAUCAUGUGCUACUAUUGCUUGAAGGGACUUCAUUGAAAAGUUGUUUAAAUUUAUAUGUUUUAUCUGGAUCACGAAAAAAAAUAAAAUGGGUUUCAUAUCCCUUUAAGGUUCAAGUAAAUGUGUAAGAAAAAUGACCCCUAAGAGAAAUACUAUCACAAUCAAGCAAGAAUCUGUGUCCAUGUCAUGUUGUAAGGUGAUGAAAUUCAGUUAGAAUGUGCUGCAAGAUUUUGGGCCAGAUAACAGGUGGAACGGUCCUACUCGAGCGUUAAAUGCUCUAAAAGUAAUUUUUUGUGGUCGUUGGGUUGCGCUCAUAUUAUGAGUUUAAAGUAAACUGUUUUUACUCGCACAUUAACCCGACAAGCUCAAAAAGCUGAACUUACAAUAUCGCGCGAUCACGUAUUCCCCCCUAGAACUCAAUAAAGAAAAGAAAGAAAAAAACACACAAUUCGUGCAAACCUGAUCGCACAAUCGGACAUAAAAAAAUGAAUAUUUCACAUUCCAAUGUUCUUCACAUAGCAGAAUAUGUUAUAUUAUUCAUAAAUACAUAUUUCUAUAUAUACCUGUUUUUUUGUUUCUACAACAUAUAUAUAUAUAUACACAAUGGAUCCAACACUCACUAUUCAUCUGUGUAUUUAUUAGUGACAUUUCAGGGAGCAACCUUCCUCAGACAACUUAAACUGUGAGAAUUAGGUGUUUAAAUACCCAUAAACCCCACCCCAAUCACUUAGUGAAAACUAACCCCAAUCAAAGUGAACCAUGUCCUAUGGUUGUGAAUACAAAAAUUCAUGUGAUGCUGGUAUAGUCUAAUACAUCUGAUCCUAUACAGCCUCUAUCUAAAUCAUUGUAACAUGCAUUUAAAUGUACCUUGUGUGGUUUCACCUCUUUCUGCUGUCAUAUGCUUUAUGUGUUAAAUAAAAGCGUGUAAACGCCA